CCGCACCACAACCUCCGUGCGGUAAUCCCUUCAAUCCCAACCCCCAUUACUGCCGGUCAGAAACACCAGACACAAUGAGUUCACCACUACGCCCAAGCCAUUCCGCCGCAAAUCGCGGCCUGGGAAACCUCGGUCGACGCAAGAGAGACAGAGAACCCGAUGAUGAGACUUCAUCAGUCGCCCCUCCCUCUAGUCCUCCCCCUUCGUCCCCUCCUAUGCUCCCUUUCGACGAGGAUGACAACGAGGGAGAUGAAGAGGCUGACAUGCUGGGCGACAUCGAUGAUCUUGAUGAGAUGGCUGAAGACGAAGACGGCAUCGAUCUGUUCGGUGACACCUUUGAGAAAGAUUACAGAAGCACACAAGACCAACAGUAUCGCGGGACAUACAUUGACGAUGAAGGCGAGCAUGAAGAGCUUGAUAUGGCCACUCGUCGUCAGCUGGAAGCUCGUUUGAACAAGAGAGACCGAGAACUAGAGCGCCGCCGCCGCAUGCCUGCUGCCUUCUUGCAGGAUGAUGAAGACGCUGAAGUUGAUCUUACUCGCCAGCCCCGUCGGCGCAGACACCACUACGAUGAGGAUCGAGAGGACAUUGAGAUGGGCGAUGAUAUCAUGCAAGAGCUCUCCCUGGAGGAGUUGACGGAUGUCAAGGCCCCUAACAUCACAGACUGGGUUCUUCAGCCUCAAGUCCUGCGCUCCAUUUAUCGCGAAUUCAAGGCUUUCCUCACGGAAUUCACCGAUCCCACUGGUAGUUCGGUUUACGGUAACAAAAUCAAGACCCUUGGUGAGGUCAACUCCGCAUCGCUCGAGGUCAGCUAUGUGCAUCUUCUUAACACCAAGGCUGCUCUUGCAUAUUUCCUUGCCAACGAACCUACCGAGGUUCUGAAAGUCUUCGAUCAAGUCGCUCUGGACGUGACUCUGUUCCACUACCCGCAAUAUCAUGACAUCCACAACGAAAUCCAUGUCCGCAUCACGGACCUCCCCGUCAUCUAUACUCUCCGCCAGCUCCGUCAGUCGCAUCUUAACUGUCUUCUGCGUGUUAGUGGUGUCGUCACUCGCCGUACUGGUGUCUUUCCUCAGAUGAAGUAUGUUAUGUUCAUCUGCGGCAAGUGUAAGACGCACCUCGGUCCCUUUCAACAGGAAGCCAGUGCCGAGGUCAAGAUCACUUUCUGUCAGAACUGUCAAGCCAAAGGCCCGUUCACUGUCCACUCUGAGAAGACAGUGUACCGCAAUUACCAGAAGUUGACCCUCCAGGAAUCCCCGGGCUCUGUUCCCGCCGGUCGUCUCCCCCGCCAGCGUGAGAUCAUUCUUCUUGCUGACCUCAUCGACUCCGCCAAGCCUGGUGACGAGAUUGAGGUUACUGGUAUCUACCGUAACAGCUAUGAUGCGCAGCUCAACAACAAAAAUGGGUUCCCUGUUUUCGCCACGAUCAUUGAGGCCAAUCACAUCGUCAAGUCCCACGACCAGCUGGCUGGUUUCCACUUGACGGAAGAAGAUGAACGCGAAAUUCGUGCCCUGUCCAGAGAUCCCGAGAUUGUCGACAAGAUUGUCCGCUCGAUUGCCCCUAGUAUCUACGGUCACCUGGACGUCAAGACCGCCAUCGCGCUGUCCCUCUUCGGUGGUGUCAGCAAGCAGGCCCAAGGCAAGAUGUCCAUUCGUGGAGACAUCAACGUGCUUCUUCUCGGUGACCCCGGUACUGCCAAAUCUCAGUUCCUGAAGUACACUGAGAAGACCGCACACAGGGCUGUUUUCGCCACGGGUCAGGGUGCCAGUGCUGUUGGUUUGACGGCAAGUGUCCGGCGGGACCCUUUGACCAGCGAAUGGACGCUGGAAGGAGGUGCUCUCGUGCUGGCGGACCGUGGUACCUGCCUGAUCGACGAGUUCGACAAGAUGAACGACCAGGACCGAACCUCGAUUCACGAAGCCAUGGAACAACAGACAAUUUCCAUCUCCAAGGCCGGUAUCGUCACGACCCUGCAAGCUCGUUGCGCUGUCGUGGCCGCAGCCAACCCGAUCGGCGGCCGCUACAACAGCUCUGCUCCGUUCUCGCACAAUGUCCAGCUAACUGAACCCAUCCUGUCACGUUUCGACAUCCUGUGUGUUGUUCGCGACCUGGUCGAUCCCACCGAGGAUGAGCGCCUGGCCAACUUCGUUGUGGAGUCGCACUCGCGCGCCAACCCGUCGCGGCCUCUGCACGACGAGGACGGCCACCUGGUCAACGCGGAUGGCCACCCCAUCGACGAGGAGGGCUACCGCAUCGACAAACGGACCAAGGAACGCCUCCCGCCCACGCAAGAGGAGGUUGCCGCGCGCGAAGCCGAGGCCCGCAAGCGCGAAGAGGAGAAGGAGGGUGAAAUCCCUCAGGAAUUGCUCCGCAAAUACAUCUUGUAUGCCCGGGAACGGUGCCAUCCCAAACUCUACCAGAUCGAUCAGGACAAGAUUGCGCGUCUAUUCGCCGACAUGCGCCGCGAAUCCCUGGCCACUGGCGCCUACCCUAUUACCGUCCGUCACCUCGAAGCCAUCAUGCGUAUCGCCGAAUCCUUCUGCAAAAUGCGUCUCUCCGAAUACUGUUCCGCGCAGGACAUCGACCGCGCCAUCGCUGUCACGGUCGACUCGUUCAUUGGCAGUCAAAAAGUCAGCUGCAAGAAGGCCCUGUCUCGUGCUUUCGCGAAAUACACCCUAUCCCGACCCAAGCCCCAAUCGCGUCGUAAGGCAGGUAUCCCGGCGCCGGAUCCAUUCCGCCCAAGACAGUCGUCUGUCCGGCCUCGGUAGAGAGCUGCUUUCGAUGGUGAUUCUUCUUCGGGUUUAUCUUUUCAAGCUAUUUACGUAACGGGAUGACAUUGAUUUUGGUUUUUGAUGGUUCUGGGAAACAAAACUUUAUGCAUUGUGUUGAUUACCGGUGUGCGGGCGAGGGGUGUUUGGGUUCGGACCAUGGGAUCCUCUUCUACCUUAUUGCAUUGUGAUCUAAUUUUUACUUCCGGGUAAUUUCUGGUGGCAUGUGGGGGUUGAUGUUGAUGACAACGACGAUGAUGCAAGAGAGCAAACAUAUACCUACAUUACUUAUUGCGACAUUGAUCUAUUU